AGGUUUUAGGAUAAAACUUUAAUGUGUAAAACUUGGGCAAUAAUAGAAAAGGCCAAUACACAAAUGCUAGCUAGUAGUUUAUUAUCUAUAGAUGUGGGAUAACCUUGAGGAUUUGAUGAAGAACAUCACCCAGAUAAAACGUGGAUGAAUAAUGUAUUGAACCAUUCUCCUUAACUGUUUAAAAGUUAGUUAUAAGACUUGUGUAUCAAUAUUGACAUAAGAAGAUCUUUAGUAAUUUUUUAUUCAUUCUACAAGAAUCAUUCAAUCUUUCAACACCUCUCAUUUUAGAUAAUUUAGGUAGAUUUUUUAAAAGAUCAAAAAAAAGUCAAUUUAAGAUAAAAAAUCACUCUCUUAAAUGAAAAGCAAUAACUAAGAAAAAAAAAGUAAAACAAAUAUACUAACAGAUAAUGUUGUUAAAAAACUAAAUUUAAGAAUUGGGGAAUUCAGAAAUUUAAAGUAGAGUUGUAGUCAUGAAUAAAAGUGAAUGACU